AUGGCAAGUACAAUACAACCUCAAAUACCCAAGUUGUCUAAGGACAACUAUGAAGACUGGUGCAUACAAAUGAAAGCUUUCUUCGGAUCUCAAGAUCUUUGGGAGAUCAUCGCUGACGGGUACGAAGAGCCCACAACGGAGCAAGAAGCUGCCUACAUCACUGAACAAAAGAUCAAUCUCAAGGAUCAAAUAAAGAAAGAUAAGAAAGCUCUUUUCCUCAUCUAUCAAGGGUUGGAUGAUUCCACCUUUGAACGGAUCAAUGAAGCAACAUCAUGUAAGCAAGCAUGGGAGACUCUUAGCACCAUCUUUAAGGAUGAUGAUCGUGUCAAAAGGGUUCGGCUCCAAAUCCUUAGAGCAGAGUUUGAAGCGACUCACAUAAAGGAAGGUGAGAAUAUUGGUGAUUAUUUUUCGCGAUUGCUUAUAACUGUCAAUAAUCUAAAAAGAAAUUGUGAGAAGAUUGAAGAUAUCCGAGUUAUUGAAAAAAUACUUCGAUCCCUCACAACUAAGUUUGAGCAUAUGGUUAUGGCGAUCGAAGAAUUAAAAGAUAUUGAGAAACUCUCCAUUAAGGAGUUGAUGGAAUCGUUGCAAGUUCAUGAGCAACGAAUGCAAAAGAAUGCUGGUUCAAUACUUGAACAUGCCUUACAGUCUAAGUUGACUCUAAAUGAAUAA